AUGAUAUAUAUUGCAGAAUUUGUUCUAGUUUCUGGUGAUUUCAUGAGAGAAUGGUUGGAGACUCCUAAAUGCUGGAAAUGGAGAUCUUUUACGAAGGUGACAAUCCCCGUUGCUGUUCGCCGCAAUAGUUCGUACGACGAAUUGGAUGCAAGCGUAAUGCAGAGCGGGAAUCUAGAUUAUGGCUUUAGGCCUAUUUUGAGGAUAAAUGUAGCUGAGAGGUUCGUCGAAGGACUGGUAAAUUCAUUAGAACCCCCACCUCUGUGCCUGAAAGUCGACGAUGAUUCUAGUGAUUACGAGAACGAUGACGAUCAACCUAUUAAUACAAAAGAUGAUCCUAUGCAUAUGGAAGAGGUUUCAUUGGACUCGCAAGUCGAAGAAGAAUACCGAGGAACGAGAUCACAACCGGGACAUUCCUUCAAUGACGGAGCCAAUUUCCAUCUCGAUCAAACAUUUGCCGAUAAGAAAGAGCUCAAAAUGUUACUAGACGCAGCAACGGUGAGACAGUGUUUUGAUUAUUGUUUGGAGAAGAACUGCUACAAAUUCUUGAAGGCAAAAUGCUUAUCUCGUAGUUGUGGCUGGUUGUUGAGGGCAAUGAAGUAUGAAACCUCGUGCAGAUUUUGCAUAUAUAAGUAUGUCGGAUUGCAUACAUGCGGUGUUGAACACGCCACCUAUAGGCAUAAGAGAUUAUCCUCCAAAUUGAUUGCUUCACUAUGCAACAUCAUUCGCGGGACACCGGAGCACGGAUAUGCUUGCUUGCCGGUUUUUUCCCACAUAGUGGAGUUGUUGAAUCCAGGGUCUUCCUAUUCUAUCAUGUACGGGGGCGUGUUGCUGAGUGCAGUUGCACAGGACACAGAAAAUCACAUCUUUCCAAUUGUCUUUUGUGUCGUCGAUAAAGAGAAAGAUGCUUCUUGGACGUUCUUCUUCCAGAAGUUGAAGUCUAUCAUAGAAGAUGAACCAAAUCUAUGUGUCAUCUCCGACAGGUACAUCAUCAUUGCCAAUGCCUUCUCUCGUGUUUACAGUCGUGCACACCAUGGACUUUGCAUGAGGCAUCUCGCUGAAAAUCUGCGCGUAAAUCAGUACUGUGAAGAACAUCUUUAUCUAUUCUAUACCGCGACAAAGGCAUAUACUGUUGAUGAAUUUAGCAAGCAUUUUUCCGAAUUGAAGAAUAAUAGCCCUGAGGCAGCACAU